GAAAACUCAGAGCGCAUGAAGUGUGCAUAACACGCUCCAACGCUUCCUCAUUGUUUUCUUUUUUUUUUUCCUGUUGAUAACAAUGGACAUUGUUCCAAAAUAGGUGAGGAGGUCAUUGAAAUCGUUUUAUAAAGUUCUAGAAAGUCACAAACUGUGAAUAUUUCCGUGCAGUGUCUGGGUUGUAAAGGUCGAAGAAGCUUCUCUAUGAUUUGAUGUCAUCCUAACUGAAACUGUGGCUGCAGCUGGACAUCCCAGGCCCCCGCGACCAGAGAGGCGGAAGAUUUUCAAAACGUGACUACGAGCGUGCUCAAAGGAACUUCAUAGUAAAUUUCACUCUGACUCUCUAGCCAGUAGCGAUGGUUGUGUUUCAGCCAAGUGGUAGACGCGUUCUUCACUCUUUAAAGCCAUGCGAUCUCUCGUCUUGUACCAAGAGAGAGAUCAAAGAAUACUUCGAAAACACCUACGACCUGUACGAGACAUUAUUCACGAGUCUAAAAGAUGAGUCAGCAUUUUACAAAUGCCCAGAUCGUCUGCGUCUUCCUUUGAUAUUUUACUUUGGCCAUACAGCAGCUGUUUAUAUCAAUAAACUUGUUCUUUCAGGCCUUCUGAAGGAGAGGGUGAAUUUUUUCCUUGAGACACUCUUUGAGACAGGUGUAGAUGAAAUGUCAUGGGAUGACACGGAGAACUACAGGAUGGGAGGCAGCUUUAAAUGGCCAACAGUUGUUGAAGUGGCAGAAUUCCGCAGGAAAACACGCCAAGUCAUGUUGGAUGUCAUUGAGAACACACCGCUGGAACUGCCCGUUACUCAGGACAGCCAAUGGUGGGCGGUUUUCAUGGGAUUUGAACAUGAAAGGAUCCACUUUGAGACCUCAUCAGUUUUGAUUCGUCAGAUGCCACUGGAACUUGUCAAAAAACCUAAGGGAUGGAAAAAUGGACCAUUGAACACAGGCGAUCCUGUGUCGUCCAAUCCACUGAUUGAAAUAACAGAGCAGGCUGUGAGCAUGGGCAAACCAGAAAACUUUCCAUCAUAUGGCUGGGACAACGAAUAUGGCGAAUGGAAUGUCAAGGUUCCGCCUUUCAGAGCUUCCAAAUAUCUGAUCACCAAUCGGGAGUAUUUGGAUUUUGUCAAUGAUGGAGGUUAUGAAGACUCCAAGUACUGGACUGAUGAAGGCUGGAAUUGGAAACUGUUCCGCAAAAUGCGUCAUCCUACUUUUUGGGUUUGUGGAAAAAAGUGCAAAUCUGGUUGUGGUGGAGACUUAGCAACUUACUCUCACUGUAAGGAAGAAAGUGACGUCAAUCAUAACAUGAAUGGGCAUUAUAAUGGUGUUGCCAAUGGUGUUGCCAAUGGAGUUGCCAAUGGAGUUGCCAAUGGAGUUGCUAAUGGAGUUGCCAAUGGAGUUGCCAAUGGUGCUGUUAAUGGGUUUGCCAAUGGUGUCUUAAAUGGUGAUCAUCAUGUAAAUAGUGACUCAGAGGAGAUGGAGUGUCCUUACAAGUACCGUGCAAUGUUUGAGGUGAUGGAAAUGCCCAUGGACUGGCCUGCAGAAGUGAACUACCAUGAAGCAAAAGCUUUCUGUGCCUGGAAGGGUUCAGACUACCGUCUGCCUACAGAGGCUGAACAUCAUGCCAUGCGCGGACCCCAGAAAUCUCCCUCAGAGGGUACUACCUCUGACAUUAUCUACCAGGAUGAUACAAAAGCAAACAUCAACAUGGCGUAUGGCUCUUCCACACCUGUGAACAUGUUCCCACCGACUAAAGCUGGAUUUUGUGAUGUCUUUGGAAACGUAUGGGAUUGGUGUGAAGACCAUUUUAAUGGAUUUAAAGAUUACAAACCUCACUUUUUGUAUGAUGACUUUUCCACGCCAUGUUUUGAUGGAAGACACAACAUGAUCAUGGGUGGCAGCUGGGUUUCUACAGGAGAUGGGGCAUCACGAUUUGCUCGUUUUGCUUUUCGCCGCCAUUUCUUCCAGAAUCUUGGCUUUAGACUUGUGCAGUCCAUUGCGGAUAGUCCACCAAUACGUUUGGUUGGGACUCCUGUGUUUGUGCUUGGAGUUGGUGUAGAAGACAAUCCUUCGACUGUGCCUGGUGUUGACAACAGUGCAUAUUACUCCACUUCCAAUUCACAAUACCAUGAUGAUGCGGAAGAGUUUCUACNUUCACAACUCAAUGUAUGUUUUCAGGGAAUGGACAACAACGUCGAAGAGCAUGAGGAGCUAGUUCAGCUUUGCGUGGAUGCCAUACAGAAGUGUGAAUGCCCUGUUAAGAAGGCUUUGGAAAUCAUGUGCUCUGUAGGACGACUCUCGUAUGAACUGAGCAGGCAUUUUGAUCAGGUGAUUGCUAUAGACCACAGUGGUCGUCUGCUCGAUGCAGCCCUGAAGAUUCAGCAAGGAAAAUCCUUGGAGAUCGCCAGCGCUCUGGACAAGCGUUUUUCCAGUAUUCCUCUCAACAAGAUUAUAGCCGAAACUGAGAAAGUGCUGUUCCAACAGUUCACCUGGCUGCCAAAUGAGAUUGGUGUUUAUGACGUCAUUGUCAUGCCUUGCCUCCACCGUCUGGCCAAUGUUAAAGCUUGGUUGAUUCGCCUGUGGGAGAUCAUCAAUCCAAAAGGUCUGUUGAUCAUCAAGACCAACAUCACAUGGGAUCUUGAAUCACUGAAAGCUGUGCUUGGAAACAGAUUUUCUCUUUUGGAGCUCCGCUUGGUGAAAAGCAAGCGGGAAGGACUGCGCAAGUCUGACAUGUGCCACUCAAGUGUUACCAUAUGGAGGAGCAAACAGUAAAUUGCGCUACUGGAACGUU